AUGUGGAAGAACCAGCUCGGCGUCGACAAGAUAUGGAAGAAUCAGCUUGACGUCGACGAGUUGUGGAAGAACCAGCUUGGCGCCGUGUUGACUUGCUGGACAUACCUGCAGUAG